GCAGCAGACCACGGUCAAGCACGUGGGCAUCUGGCGCAGCAGCCCCGACGCCCCACAUGUCAGAGCGAAGGUCAAUAUCACCACAGUCAAGGCCACCACACCCGACACUGUCGUUGUGCGGGUGUCCACCGAGAAGAAGUACACCGACUCUUGGGACAACAUCCUCAAGAAGCCUGGCGACUUGGCCAGGGCCUGGGCUCGCGAGGUUGGUACCGAUGGCAUCCAGGGGGAGCUCAGAGACACGUUCAAGUUCUACGUCCAGGACGACAUCAUCAUGGGCCUCUGGCGCAUGGAGGUCCCUGCACUCACCGAGCUGCUCACGCACUCAGGGCACCGUGGGCCCUCGGGGCUUCGCUUCUUCGUGGAGCCAGCUAGGUGGCAGGCACCCUGCCCACCGCCAUGCAGUCUAGGGCUUCGCCAACCUCGGCCUGCCACCGACGACAAGGUUCGCGCAUGGAAGCUGGAGCAGGUCCCAGCGGGCCACAGCUACACCGACGUCCACAACAUUGUCAGAGAGAACGGCCUCAAGGACGCAGAGUUCAUUGCCAACAGGCACCACCCCAGGGUCCCUGGCUCAUCCUUGGCCAGGCGCGCCUGGGUGGUCCGCGCCACUGCCCCAGGGGACCUCGCCUUCUUUGAGGUCGUCCAGGAGGCCGAUGGCGAGUCAGUCAGCAUGUUCGGCUUCAUCGACAACCCGAAGAAGCCCACGCCAGAGAGGAAGCUCCUUCCAGGCGAGGGGAGGGUGGCCUACACCCCCAAGUCCACCAGCAACGCCGCUCGUGCUGCUGCCCCUGAGGACAAGGGCAAGUCAAUAGCGAGGCCUGCGGGAGCAGGCGCGCCCAAGGCCAAGCGUCCUGCCUUGGCUCCACGACCGACCUGGAUCCAGACUAAAGAGAAUGCAGGUGCAGGCAACGGCCUCCCGCUGGCACUGGCACAAGGACUCAAUGCGCGACAAUCCACGCCCACAGACCACGAGACCGUCAGGUACAACGUCGCCGAGGCGAUGCAGAGACGAGGACAACAGCACUGGUCGCCCCUCUGGGACGGCAAGGCACCAGAACGAGAAGAGCGUCCACUUCCAGGGGGCUUCUCGGCUUACUGCUUGGCCAUGUCCAAGCUCGGGGCCUGGCUCGGCAACCUCGAGUUGGCGCUGUUCGUGGCGCACUACAAGAUCCCACUCAUGGUGUACCAACGACAGGGCCCAUCUCAGAUUUGGCAGGUCUCGAAGAAGGGCAUAGCGCCCAUCGGGCUUUGGUUCGAGGCUGGGCACUACGAGCUUUUCACGACCACGCCACCAGACGACGACACCUCCACCGCCCAAGCCGGUGGACACAAGGGUAUGCGAGGUGGCGCCUCGGCAACUUCGUCGAAGACAUCCACGCCCGCCAUCUGCCGCACAUGGCGCAAACAGGCACUAGCAGAGCAGGACAAGGCCUCCACAAUCGGUGACGUGGCCAACAUGGACGACCUCGACGAUUUCGAGGGCUUCAGCACGCCACCACCUAAGGCUGCCCACGCAGUGGAGGCCUCGGGGAGCAAUAGACCGACCGCGACCACGUGGACAUGCCCGAUCGCCUCCUGCAAGGGCUUCACCAUCUCGGGCAAUUACCUCUACAGCAAGAACUGCGCUCACAUCGCCUUCUAUCACGAGAAGCAGGCCAAGGACUUGAGGAUCGUCAAACCCACCCUGGUCGGGGCUUUUCCUGGCAAAGAACUCACGUGGACGUGUCCACUCUGCCCCAUGGGCCUGAUCACGACACCCACCGCGGCGGCGGCGCGAGGUGCACGACUCGCGCAUCGUCUCCGACACCAUCCCAAGGCACACGUGAAGCAGUUCCACCACAAUAAGGGGAGCGCAGUCUACCAGGCGCAGGCCAAGCAGGCCCUAGCCAGACGCUCGCGGGGACUGCUCAAGGCCAAGAUCACUGGCCACAAGCUCGGGUACUUCCGCAUGCCGUAUGGCAUCGGGCGCGACAGAACCCACGUGCGCUGUCGGCAGUGCUGGCGCCAGGCUUCCUCAGUCAACAAGCUGGGGAUCUGCCAGGCCAUCGCCAGACCAUCGGGCAAGCUGGAGGUCACCAUCAGGCAGGCUGAGAAGGCCCUCACCGAGGAAGGCGACCCCGGCCACAAGCAGAAUAUCCAGGACGUCCUCGACUUCUGUUACCAGGCUCGUCGAGCUGGACGUGAGGCUGCCCUGGAGCGACGCGGUCACAGCCACCCCAUCCUCGUCGAGUUCGGCUCCCAUCGCUUCGCCAUCUUCGGCAGCAGCCACCUCGGCGGGGUCAGGCACAAGGAGGGCGCCCGCGACGGCGACUGCGGGGAGCCGUUUGUGAGGCCCCCCACCAGCGCCAGACAUGUGGCUGAGGCGCCGACUGUACGAAGACAAAUCACUGUUUCAACCCAAGCUUUCACCAAGCAGCUGAUCAGCACUGGCGAUCCAGCUGCACCCGCUGAGUUUACUGCUGAGCACUCGCUGCUCCGACUUGCCACUCUCAACGUGCAGGGCCUCUCCGUCAAGGCAGUGAAGGUGUUCACCCUUGCGAAGAUCUAUGACGUCGACAUUCUCUGCAUCCACGAGGCCCGACUCUCACUCGCCAGCCUGCCUGCCAUGAUCAAGGAUGCACGGCGGCGUGGCUACAAGUGCACAGCAGCAGGCCCACCAGGCCUCAAUGAUGGCAGGUUCCUCAUAGACCCCAUCAUCUUCUCCAGGCAACCUAUUGUGCAACUGGAAGUCCCAGAGUCCGCUGGCAACGACAGGGUGGUCAUGGCCGCACUGCAUCUUCCACGAGCAGAGCCCAUCGUCCUCGCCAACCUGCAUGGCUACACCCCCAUGGCUGGUACCAAGCCCGUGUUGCAGCAUAUACUUCAGCACGCCGCUGUCCUACGUCGGCGCCUGUGCUGCAUCGGGGACUGGAACAUGGUGCCCACUGAGGGCUGCGUAGCCGAGGUUCUUCUCAAUUGCCGUCUCCACCUUCCUGAGGCGCCUGCCGAGAUCGACAAGGCCACUCACGACAAGGGCCGACACCUCGAGUAUGCUCUCUUCCAUCGCGACCUCACAGAGGAGCAGCGCACCUACAAGAGCAGGGUGCCGCUCAUCGGCGACGAGGACAUCACCGAGGGCACCUGGGAGCAGGACGCCAACACCAUGUGGCAGCUCCUCUCCGGCCAUACCGAGAGCCUACUCACACAUGAGGUGGCCAAGGGCCGACCCAGGUCAGCUUCGGCCAAAGUGGUGCACGUCCACGGCUCAUCCACCAAGCAGAUCAACGACGAGACCAACACCGGGGCCCAGCUGUACAAGCUGCACAGAGUCAUCCGACAAGCCGCACUCAGACCAGGCGAUCCUGAGACCGAGCGCUCAACUCGUCGACGACAGGGGCUGCUGGCUAGGAGAUUCUCAGAGCUCGGCGAAGUUGACCUCCACACCGACUUCGGCAAGGGCAUCUUCGAGGAUAUCAUCCACAACAGAGAGCUGAACGACAAGCUGGCCAGGCUCAGCAGCUGGAACGAGGACAUGACCACCAACGACAGCAAUACCCUGGCAUG